ACGACUAUAGAGGGCUCUGCUGAGUUCAUCUAAACCCCUACAGUGACGAAAACAGACCCGCUCAGCAGCGUGCCGAAUACUCGAUCUGGGACAUUUGAAGCCUCAGAAUGGUGUUGGGGCGGAUAUUUCACGCGUUAAUAAACAACGCUCAGGUGGUGGAAAAACUGGCGGAGUCUCGACCCAUCCGACGUGCAGCUCAGAUCACGGCCUUCGCCAUCACUAAAGCGCAGAUCGCCGGCAGAGAGGCCUCCACAAAGCUGCUCCGCUCCGAAACUCUCCAGCAGAUCCGCAAGGAGAGCGCACAGAUGCCGGGAGACGUGCAGGAGUUGCGCCGCAGGGCCACCAGACUACGGGACACCUUCGUGAAGGAGGUCCGAGAGGGAGUGAGGGACGCAAACCGGCAGAUUAAAGACAGAAAGUGACGGAUGAAGUGCAAUAUGAGGACAGUGCCAUUAAAGACUCCAUGGAGAAUGAUCGAUUUAAAUGAGUGACACUGAAAACAUGACGUUGAUUCUGUGAAUGAAAGUGCAAUGAUGUUUGAAUGAAAUAAAGUUGAUCAAGGUUAUGCCACAAAA